CAAGGAGGGUUCAACAUAAACUGUAGCUUUCUGUUUGUGAAUAUAAAGAAGAGUUGGGAGUAGCCACGCUACCAUUUUAUCUGUCUCUUUCUCUCCAUUUAUUUCAUUUCAGCUGAAAAUCUCUCCCAAAAUAAAAAACCCCAUUUUUUCCCCUAUUUCCCACCUUUUUUGCAUUUUUUUUUUGCUCAAUCUUUUCUUUUCUAAAACACCCAUUUUAAAAAAAAAAUAUACUUAUUUGGUUUUUAAUUGUGUGACUGAAGUGAGAAAGGGGUUUUAGCCUUUUAGGGAGGGUUCUCAACAUUUCCAAUGGAUGCUUUACUUCUUGGGUCCUCUACUGGAGGACUUUCUUUGUUCAUCUCUGGAAAGAGUAGCUGGAGGAGUAAAGACUUGAAGGCUGUGCAUUUUCCAAAUGUUGCUAAAAGGCAGAAUCAAAAGCAAAGAGUCAAAGGUUCUGCUAUACGAGUGCAAGUGCCAACAAACAAGUCAUAUAACCUCAUUGGAAACUUUUAUACUCAAAGGAUUCAGCAUUGUGCGAGAGGUAUUCUGGAAACAUCUACAGUCUUCCAGAAAAGUAAUACAAAGUUUCUAGUGAAUGCGACUUCUGGUCAUCCGCUUGAAUCAGAACCCAAAGCUUAUCCCAAUACCCCAUGGAAUUCUGCUAAAAAUGCAUUGGAUGCUUUUUACAGGUUUUCACGGCCCCAUACCGUUAUAGGCACAGCACUCAGCAUCAUUUCUGUUUCUCUCCUUUCUGUCGAGAAGUUAUCGGAUAUUUCUCCCCUGUUCUUUACUGGGGUAUUAGAGGCUGUAGUUGCUGCUCUUUUCAUGAAUAUUUAUAUAGUUGGUCUAAAUCAGUUGUCAGACGUUGAGAUUGACAAGGUUAACAAGCCUUAUCUUCCAUUGGCAUCGGGAGAGUAUUCAGCACUUACCGGCAUCAUGAUUGUCACAUCAUUUUCCAUCAUGAGCUUUUGGCUUGGAUGGAUUAUUGGUUCGUGGCCAUUGUUUUGGGCACUUUUUGUCAGUUUUGUGCUUGGGACUGCAUAUUCAAUCAAUUUGCCACUAUUACGAUGGAAACGGUUUGCAUUGGUUGCAGCAAUGUGCAUCCUAGCUGUCAGAGCAGUGAUUGUUCAACUUGCUUUUUAUCUUCACAUACAGACCCAUGUAUUCAGCAGACCAGCUGUCAUUUCAAAGCCUCUAAUUUUUGCUACUGCAUUCAUGAGCUUCUUCUCAGUAGUUAUAGCACUAUUUAAGGACAUUCCUGAUAUUGAAGGAGAUAAAAUAUUUGGAAUCAAAUCUUACACAGUACGUCUGGGUCAAGAAAAGGUGUUUUGGACUUGUAUUUCGCUUCUUGAAAUGGCGUACGGUAUUUCUAUUUUGGUCGGAGCAACAUCACCCUACACCUGGAGCAAAGUUAUCACUGUUUUGGGUCAUUCCGUCUUAGCUUCGAUUUUAUGGAUCCGUGCCAAAUCCGUCGACUUGAAGAGCAAAGCUGCAAUAACAUCAUGUUAUAUGUUUAUUUGGAAGCUCUUUUAUGCUGAGUACUUCCUUAUACCACUUAUAAGGUGAGUAGUGUGAAGCAUUUCAUACAAAUGUUUACAUCCGAAAGUAAAGAUAGACAGAUGCCAUCGGAAUACAAGACCCAGAACGGUAUAAAUAACGAUAUCGGGUUGUAGAUUUGAUCAUACCGUGCGACGCCUAUAAGUGAGUACUCGGUAUGGUUUGACAAUGGGAUGAAGUAAAUGUAGGGGGAUUUACAUUUUUAAUAGACUAUUGGAAAUAUGAAUAGAAGACAUAAAAGCUCAAUUUCUUGGUGUGGUGUACUUUCCCGUCAUGAACCUUGUUAUCUUUAAUAUAACCAGGGGGAAUUUAGGGGGUUGGCAGGCCGGCCUUCUUAAAAUAUAAAA